AUGAGUUUAAGCCGUUUGUAUAGUGUUGUUAGAUGCGAUUUGGUGAAAGUUCAAUCCUCCAGUGCGUUGGUUUCGAAACUUUUGGUACCUUAUGGUACGAGGGAAGUGAGUACAGCAAGUACGCACCGAGCGAGUAUUGCACAACACACUUCGAAGCCAGACUGGAACAGAGCUGUAAGUGAGGCGGAGAAGAUCGUAGGUUAUCCUACGUCCUUCCUGAGUCUUCGAUGGGUGCUGAGUGAUGAAAUUGCUAACGUAGCGCUUCAUUUGCGCAAAUUAGUCGGCAGCAAUCAUCCUUUACUGAAGACAGCUAAGAAUCUAAUCUACAAUGGCAAGAACAACAUGCAGGCGUGGGGUCUUAUUGUACUCCUCGUGUCAAAAGCUGCAGGUCACAGUCCAGAGAUACCAGACAUGGAACAGGACAAAGCUGCUGGAGUUUUGCACAGCCAACGCGCUCUCGCUGAAGUGACCGAGAUGAUUCGCACAUCCCACUUGGUCCACAAGGGGUUGGUGAAUAUGAACUCUCGACAACCAAUCGCGGCUGAACCAAACGACAUGAUGUUCGGCAACAAGAUUGCUUUACUCAGUGGGGACUACUUGCUGGCCAACUCUUGUUCGGAACUAGCAAAUCUGAGAAAUCAAGAACUGGUAGAACUUAUGUCAUCAGCAGUCCGUGAUCUCGCCGAAGCAGAGUUUCUUGGUGAAAGGGACGAACAGAACAAUCCUUUGCCUUCCCGACCACUGCCAAAAGAGGAACGGCAGGUCGCUUCAGAGUGGGACUGCAUACUGGAUCCUUUACCUAUGGUCGGUGUUAUCGGCAGCGCGGGCCGUGAAUGGGCUGCACGUCACGUGUUGGCUGCUGGAGCGCUGCUUGGCAAGAGUUGUUCUGCAGCCCUCAAGUUAGCUGGACACAAUGCCCAGUUGCAGACACAGGGUUAUCUUUUCGGCUGCCACCUGGCCUUAGCUUGGCAGGCUUUCCUGGACUUGGAGGCCUUCACAGGCCCGGAGCCGUCCAGCUUCUCCCUGGUAGGUGCUCCUCUCGCCUUCACGUUGGAGGCGAGGCCGGAGCUCUAUGAUCACAUCGAGGCCGGACGUAAGAGUGUACACGAUGUAGACUACCAUGCUUUGUAUCGAGCGGUGUUAGAAGGAGAAGGUAUCGAACAGACGAAGCAGUUGCAGCGCGAGCACAUCGCGCGAGCCGUGCACGUGCUCGACAACUUCCACAACUGCGACGCGCGGACAGCACUGGCCAACAUCAUUGUAGCUAUGCACCAUGAACAUCUUUAA